GUGAUACUGCCACGCCACAYCAGAUCCAAAACAAUAACACUGCCCAGUCAGCCAGAAGGCGAUUCUUGCGGCCAAUACUUGCGCGAGUGCGGUUGUUCGAGAAAACAGUCGAAAAAAUUCGAUUUGUUUGUGAUUACCGAUUUUGUUUCUUGAAUGUUUUUCUCUUAAGUGUUAUUUAUUGUUUAUUUUCGUUCUGUUAGUUUAGUUUAAUGUAUAAUACGAUAAUAUAGUGAUCGAGUGUGAUGCAUACCGUUCGAGUCGGCGAGAGCCGCAGGUGACAAUAUUAUAUUAUACUCUACAGAUUCAGGCCAACAGUGUCGAGAUGUUAAUGGCAUGACUGGAACUCAAGUCACAAUGUCCACCGCGCAGCCCACGCUGAUACUCAGCGAACUCCAAAAGGGUGAGCUUGUGUGGUUUGACCCAGGUGUUGGGCAUGUCUUACCAGGAGAAGUUUUGGAGUACCACAAGCCUGCGCAAGUACUCACUGUGCAGGCUGUUAUUGCCGGGAAAACACAAAUUUUCUCACUUACAAGUGCUAACGGUGUUAACCGGCGACAAGAUCUUGGUCAAAAUGGUAUUGAAGAUAUGAUACAACUUACGGACUUGAACGAAGCUUCGUUAUUAUGGAAUUUGAAAAUUCGGUAUGACAAAGAACUUAUAUAUACGUAUACUGGAAGCAUAUUAGUAGCAGUGAACCCUUACAAAAUGUACGAUAUGUAUGGGUUAGACAUGGUGAAAAAAUAUGAGGGUCAAAUUUUAGGAACAUUACCACCUCAUUUAUUUGCAGUUGGUUCCGCUGCUUACGGAAUGCUUCCUAGAGGAAAUCAAGUCGUCGUAAUAUCUGGCGAAUCUGGUUCUGGUAAAACAGAAUCCACCAAACUUAUUAUGCAGUAUUUAGCAGCUGUUAAUAAAUCGCCAUCCAAUCUCAUCACCGAACAAAUUUUAGAAGCGUCUCCAUUACUGGAAAGUUUUGGUAACGCCAAAACGGUACGUAAUGACAAUUCGUCCCGGUUUGGAAAGUUUUUAGAAGUCCAUUUCAAACAAGGAGUGAUAUUGGGCGCCAAAGUUACAGAAUAUUUACUAGAAAAAUCACGAAUAGUAACACAAGCUCCAGAAGAACGAAAUUAUCAUGUGUUUUACGAACUAUUGGCGGGUCUCGCUGACGAGGAGAAACUUAAAUAUGGUUUGUUAUCGGCUGACAAAUAUUUUUAUUUAAAUCAAGGCGGAAAUUGUGAAAUUGACGGAAAAUACGAUGGAGAAGAUUUUCAAUCACUCAUGUCUGCUAUGCAAGUCCUUGGAUUCACAUCGGAAGAACAAGACACAAUUUUUCGAAUACUGGCUUCAGUUCUACACCUGGGAAAUGUUUAUUUUCAUCGUAAACAACUAAAACAUGGACAAGAAGGCGUUGAAAUUGGUUCUGAUGCAGAAAUCAGAUGGACAGGGCAUUUACUCCGAUUGGAUGUGGAUGGUAUCAAAGAAGCAUUAACGACCAAAACCACUGAAGCUCGAAAUGAACGUUUGUUGACAGCACUAAAUAUUGAUCAAGCAUUGGACGCUAGAGAUGCAUUUGCCAAAGCCUUAUACAGCUCAUUAUUUACGUGGCUCGUGGCAAGGAUUAAUCAUAUUGUGUACAAGGGAACUAAAAAGACAACAGCCAUAUCGAUUUUAGAUAUAUUUGGUUUUGAAGAUUUCAAGGAAAACAGUUUCGAACAAUUAUGUAUUAACUAUGCCAACGAAAAUUUACAAGUGUACUUCAAUAAACACAUAUUCAAAUUAGAGCAACAGGAGUACGCCAAAGAAAAAAUCCAAUGGCAAAACAUUGCAUACAAUGACAAUUUGCCAGUAAUUCAGUUGCUAUCGAAAAAGCCUGUCGGAAUAUUACACCUUCUAGACGACGAGUCUAAUUUCCCACGUGCUACCGAUGUAUCGUUUUUAGAAAAGUGCCAUUAUAACCACGCAUUGAACGAAUUAUACUCUAGGCCUAGAUUAAAUGGUCCAGAAUUUGGUGUUCGGCAUUAUGCUGGACCAGUGUGGUACAACGUCGACGGGUUUCUAGACAAGAAUCGCGACACGUUAAGGCCCGAUGUCGUGCAACUAUUGAUAUCGAGUUCUUUGCCCAUGCUGAGUAAAAUGUUUAGCUCCUUACGGAAUAAUUUUGAAGCUUCAAAAACGUUAAACAAGGCCAACGGCAGGUUCGUUACCAUGAAGCCAAGAACACCGACUGUGGCGGCCAGGUUUCAUGAUUCAUUACAACAGCUAUUGGAGUCCAUAUCUGGGUGCCAUCCGUGGUUUGUGCGUUGCAUCAAACCWAACUGUGAGAAGGUAUCGAUGAAAUUUGAUAUGCCCACGGUAUUGGAACAACUACGAUAUUCAGGUAUGUUGGAAACGAUCCGGAUCCGUAAACUGGGGUAUCCAGUGCGCAUGAAGUUCAGUGAAUUCGUGGACAGAUAUCGCGUUUUGGUGCGAAAACGAAAACUGCCACCGAAAGGCACGCCAAACAGAGAAAUCUGUCAAACAAUAUUGGAAAAACACUCCGACGAAUAUCAGUUAGGCACGAGUCGGGUAUUUCUACGGGAAAGCUUAGAACGGCAAUUAGAACGGGAAAGAGCUGCCAUUUUGAACACGGCGGCUAUCACACUCCAGCGGAACGUCCGAGGGUUCCUCGUCCGGACCAGGUACACCGCAAAAAAGCAGAGUGCUAUCAAGUUGCAAUCGACAGUGCGUGGAUGGAUACAGAGGAGGAGAUACGAGACUUUAAAACGAGGUGUGGUUAAAGCACAAGCCACUUUUAGAGGUAUACAGCAGCGAAAACGAUACAACCAACUGAAGGAGGACCUGAAACGAAAAGCUAACUUGGCUAAAGAGAGGGCGAGAGUCAAAGCCCAGAAGGAAGAACAAGAAAGAAAUGCUCGGCCACAGGCUGUAUCAAGUCUCAAUGCGUUAGAUAUUCCAGCGGAAUUGGCCACAAUAUUUAAUAAAAUCGAAGAAUGGCAGCCACUACACAAUAAAAGACAGUUGGUUAAAGUUGUCGGUCCAAUCGUUGAAAUUCAAGAACAAUACGCUCUACCAAAUGAUAUUGAUCAACAUGCAUUUUCGAAGUUCACAAAUAUUUAUUUCAAAUCACAUGUUUGGGGAAUGAAAAAGGAACCCAUAAAAACUCCAUUUCUCCACAAAAGCAAAGAUUCUGAUUACAUGGAUUCUAUUGCGAUUUUCAAAUUAAUACUAAGAUUCAUGAACGACGUGACAUUAUCCCCCAAAAGAGAACAGGCGCUUGCAGACUACAUCAUUCACAAAGGUUUGGCCAACGAACGACUGAGGGAUGAAAUUUUAUGUCAAUUGGUGAAUCAAACGUGGCGCAACGACGUCGAAGCAAAUAAUGAAAGAUGCUGGCUACUGAUGGCCAGCUGUUUGUCGGCGUUCCCUCCAACUGGACCACUGUACAAAUACUUGUUAAAGUACGUUUCUGAUCACGGUUACGAUGGCUACAAAAGCGUGUGCCAGAGAAAGCUGCUKUCAGGGCAUACUUGCACACCGCCGGCCCGAUCUUCGGCUCCAUGUCUUCUGGAAUGGCGGGCUAACCGGAAGCGAUUCAACACGGCACUGGAAUUCGCAAUGCCCGACGGCGAGACGAUGACCGCCGGUGUCGAAUCAUGGACGCGGUGUCACACGGUAGCUUCCGCCCUUCUGGCUGAGAGGGGAAUCGCCGAGUGCAACGGAUGGACUGUGGCGCUAGACAACGACCAGAGAAACGGGUUCGAUUACGUGUUCGACUCCAUAUCUGAAGUGGAAACGCCGCCUGGAUAUCCGGUGGGCAGACAGCCGCCCCACUCACCACAACCGUCGUCGCCGAUGRCGCCUGUUUCGAAGGUGGAACCCGUGUCCGUGAACCGCAGACCAACCGUGCCGCCACCCCAACCGCCAAURGYGAAACCGCAAAAAGUGAGGUCGGUGUCUCGAGAUCAUAGCGCAGAGAACGGUCUUUCACGGCAAUCUGCUUUAAAUGACAGAUACUUCGAGAAGACUAGUCGAUCCAGAAGUCUCGACAAUUUAAUAACACCGGUACCGCAAACCGCGAUUACUCCGAAAAAAUUAGACUCAUUGGGCCUAUCGCAUAGCAAGCUCAACGAGCGAUACAUGUCAAUGGAGCGUAUACAAGAAACCGAAAAAGACACAGAUAGUGAAGAUGAGAACGAUGACGAUGACGACGACGAUGAUGAUGAUGAUAUCGCCAAGUCUGUCGAUGACGAUAAUUUGGAGUCAGUCAGUCAAAGGGGUGAAACGAGAAACUAUAACGGUGCAUCAUCAGACGURAUGUCUCAUAGUCAAAUCGAUUUUGAUUAUCCAGAUAUAAAUGCUAGAAGUGAAGACGACAAAGGUUCAUACAUAAAGGGCCAUCCCAGAUUCAUCAAAUCACAGUAUGCGGGUAAACGUGGAUCGCAUUCUAUUAAAUCGCAAAUGGAUAACAAACAUUCUGAUAAGUCUGAGGCGAGNNAAUGUUUGUGAUCAGCAUCGCACGUCAGACGGGUACGCGUGCCGUCGCAGGCGUCGGACGUGGAUCAAUUCCUCGACGAUCUGUUCAAUCCAGUUCUGGAUCAGCUGUCUGAUGCCAGAUCCCUAGCAGCGUCAAUUAAAGGUUCRUCUAAGAGCAAGUCCGUGGAAGACUGCGAGUCUCUGGACUCUCGGGACUUUGCCAAGAGGAUAAAGGGUGGUGGAGGACGGUCGAUUGAAACCAGCCGAGCUUCGAGAUUCGACGAGAGUCCGUCGCUAGAUGGAGAAUUUGAUCCGUCGUCGUUAGACAUCUCGAUGUUUGCCAGAACUGUGAAGGGCGGUGGUAGAGGCGUCGCUUCCCAGCAACAGAAUGGUUCCGGACAGUCCGGAAACGCUUCGUUCGGCAUGUCGCCACUGAUCGGUUCGCCACCAGUGUUGCCCACCAUCCUUUCGCCGCCGUCGUUACUCAUGCCCCCCAUGAACUCACAGAACAUGUUCAACACUUCAAACGGCGGUCUCGGCGUACCGGCGAACGCAUCCAACACCACCAGCAACGGAUCGUCGGGUGACAGCAUGCUCGCAUACCAGACGAACCUGCACCAGGCGUUCUUGCAAUCUGCCAUGGCUCAAAACAUCCAAAUCCAGCAGCAAAUACUAGCGCAGAACCAGGCACUCCACCAAUUGCUCCAACAGCAACAGCUUCUGCCACCGCUUCAACUGAACACUAAAAUACUGGAAGUAAUAAACAUUGAAAAUUUGCAUACGAAUAGGUGGCAACAAACAAACACAACAAACACGAAGUAUUCCAAACCAACAUCACCGUAUAGACAACAUGAAUCGCCACCACCUAUCCACUUUACUGCUGAUGACGGUAAACAUUCGUUACUUCAAUUCGCCAUGUAUAAUUUCAGACACAGCUCGGAGAAGUUUGACAUGCUGAAAUCUGCGAAUGGCGAAAUCAACGGUUCGCUGAAAGUCAUACAAAACUCCAAGAAAAAGAGCGACGAUUGGACGUGGAAAGAACAAUUGGAAAUGGUAAAAUACACAAAUGUCCCGAUACCCGAGUCGCUCCUUAAAUUGGACCCGGAGUUAGACGCACUGGCCAUAGAAUGCUUCGAAUGCGUUAUGAGGUACAUGGGCGAUUUGCCUACAACGCCCGAGUUCACAGAAGUCAAAUGCGUUUACACCAUUCUCAUGCAUUGCCAUAAAUUUGAAAGCUUAAGAGAUGAAGUAUACUGUCAGCUAAUGAAGCAAACGACCAACAACAAAACGGAGACAUGCCAACGAGGAUGGCGUUUGCUCAGUAUCGUCGCGGCGUACUUUACGUGCUCCGAGAACCUAAGACCUUUCUUGCUCAAGUACUUAGAAACAGCUGCAUACGACAAGAGGAGAGCUUUCCACGGCACUGCAAACGUAUGCCUCCAGAACUUGCGAAAGACGUUGAGAUACGGUGGCCGGAAAAACGUGCCCAGUGUUGAGGAGGUGACCGCCGUAUCGGCCGGUCGUAAUUCCAAGAGACAGAUGUAUCGGUUGCCUGGUGGCAGUGAAACCGUGGUMAACACGAAGUCCACAACCGUGGUAGCCGACGUCAUUGCCGGCAUGUGUUCGCUGAUCAACGUCAACGACCCGCUGGAAAUGGAGGAAUUCUCACUGUACUGUAUCGUCGAAGGCGACGCGUUCACGAUGCCGUUGGCCGCUGACGAGUACAUACUGGACGUGACUACUGAGCUUCACAAAAACCAACAGACAUUCUAG